CCGAGACCGAGCGGUGGGCGCAUGGGCGCUGGUUACCAUGGCAACGGGCUGCCGUCCCGGCCUCUCGUCGUGUCGGGAGUUGUGGAGCCGGCGGGUGUGAGGAUCAUGCCAUGACAGAAGAUUAUGUCCUUUCCCACCCUGGUGUGGAAGUAGGCUAGUUUGUCGUGAUCAAGUUUAAAAAAAAAGUCAGAACAGAAGGUCUCCAUGGCUUUAUCUGAAGUUUGAAGGAUUGGGACAUAUGCACGAUGAACAAGGUGUAUUGGUACCAAGUUAGUGUGAGCUGAAGACUCGUACAGCAUUCGCUAAUUUGACAGGAACACCCACCUAGUUGUCAGCCUCUGGAGGGAUCUACGACUAGAAAUUGGAGAUCACUGGAAGAACAUCACUAUGAAAAACUUCGGAUAAAAGGGGCGAAAACUUCCAAAUGUUUUUCAAACGCGGAGUUCAAGGCCUGGGUGACCUCUGAUUGGUACAAGCGUCGCCCAAUCGACAGACGCGAGAGCAGCCAUUGGUCGGGGCCCGGCUUGACAAUCGCGCGUCCUGUCCAAUCGGAGGGGAGCGGGACAUCUGCGGAGGAGGCGCUAGAUUCGAAUUUGCCUUUUAUUAUUGACCGAGAAAGCGGUUCAGUGAAGUUUACCCGUUGCUGCGGCUGGAGUUUUAUAAACACAGUCGUCAACAGAACAUGAAUUGCUGCCCGUCCGAGAAGCAAUGUGUGCUUGGCUUCGAUGAGUUCGGGUUCGCCGUGUUCCGGAGACAUUGUGACAGGUGGAAGCAACAACAUCGCAGCCAUGAGUACAGUUACCCAAGUGUCAGCACUUUCAAGAUAGAAUUAUGGCAGGAGAUGUUCAGAAACUGGAAUGAGACCGAUGGAUCCUGCACAAACAAGAUACAUAGCUUCCUAGAAUCAGGAGUUCCCACUGCACUACGUGGCCAACUGUGGAAAUGCCUUUUGGGCAGUGAGCGAGUGAAAGAGAGUAGCAUUCACACCUACCAGGAUUACGUGCAAGAGCUCCGCAGCCAGCUAUCCACACUUGGUGUGAAUGAAUACGGAGUGCAGAUGGCUGUAUCCACAUUGGACGGUGCACACAAGGUGAGGGCUGGAAUGGCAGGUGGAACCAGGAAUCUAGCGCCUGCUCGAGAGCCAGAAGUCAAGAUUGAAACCUUGAGACAGAUCGUGUUGGACGUAGAGAGAUCUUUCCCCACUCACUGUUCCCUGAUGGGUAGGAGUGCAGAAGCUAAAGAAGGACAAGCAAAGCUUUUCCGUAUCCUCUCUGCAUAUGCUGAAUAUAAUCCUCAAAUAGGCUACUGUCAAGGAAUGUCAUACAUAGCAGCCAUGCUCCUAAUGAACAUGCAGGAGCAGGAUGCCUUCUGGGCUUUGGUUGUCCUACUAGAAAAACCCAAGUACCUGGCAGGAUUUUACGAGCAUUCUCUGGAUACAAUCCAAAGGCAUGCCAAAAUCUUUCAACAGCUGCUGAAACAUCGAAUGCCCUGUCUCUGGCAACAUAUGGAGAACCUGAAAGUGGCUCCAUUAUUGUUCAUCACCACUUGGUUUCUGACUCUUUUCACAUCAUUGCCCUGCUGGGACACGGUGUUGGCCAUCUGGGACUUGAUCAUUCUGUACGGCAUCAAUACAAUAUUCAGUACGGGCCUGUGCAUUCUACAGCUGCUGGAACCCCGACUUCUCGCCAUGUCUGAUGUCUCCCACCUUCUUCCCACUCUGCUACGGAUUCCUGUUGAAGUCUCCAGGUACAGUAUCCUGGUCCCGGCCCUCUGGAUGACCAAGGUGCAUAAGUGGGAGCUGGACUGCAUGCAAAGUGUUGUGUUGGAGGAAGAGGAGGAAGAGAUGAUGUCCUCAGGCAGACAAUCUAUUCAGUCAUCCACUAUGCAGAAGGCAACAAACGUGGAUAAGAAAAAUGCACCUAACCUGAAAGACGAUGCUGGGAAAAGAUCUUCGAGGUCAAGUGCAUCGACAGGAAGAGGACGACAAGAGACGUUGAAGAAUACGCUCACCAAGAUGCUAAAGAUAGCCCGAUGUUACCUGCAGGACUUGGGCCAAUUGCCCAAAGACCUGGCAACGAGUCCGUCGCAGGACAGAUCGCCGAGUGCCCGUGGUCACACAAAGUACCACGGCAGCAAAGGGGAGGCACGAAGGGUGAACAGCAGGAGAGGCAGGACUGAGAGAACAAACCUCUGAGCAUGUUGGCCUUCAGUAAGUUGCAGAACAUAAAGGACAAUUGCAUCUAGUUUAGUAAAGAAAAUUUCUUGAAGUGAAAAAUGUUGAAUCCUCCAUUAGGUGACCUUGUUUGUUAUUUGUUUGUAUACUUUCUUACCUAAAAUAACGUUCUCUUUUAGACGUAUUUUGUAAAAGGCACCCUGUUUUGUAGCUGGCUUGCUGGCAUCGACUGAAAUGUACUGUCAGGAUUUAUAAAAAGAAAAGGAUUUAACUUCCUUUCAA